CAACUGCAGGAAGGCGCCGUUACUCUAGGGGCAGUGUGGCACAUUAUAGGCCUUCGCUCAGAGGAAGAAGAGGAAGCUCCAGCACAGCUCAUCCGCUCCCAGUCACCGAAGCGCUCGUCUCAUCAGUUGCGUUUCCUCUGUCAAGGUCCAACAAGGUGAUUGCCAUGUCGCUGGCCAAGCCGGUGAUGCGAGGUCUGCUGGGAAAGCGCCUGCGCUUUCAUCUGCCCAUUGCCUUCGGGUUGUCCAUCCUGGCAGCCGCUGCCUUCAAGUACACAGUGACGGAGCCGCGCAAGCAAGCCUAUGCUGAGUUCUACAAGCAGUACGACGCCGUCAAGGAGUUCAACGCCAUGCGGGAGGCCGGAGUCUUUGAGAGCGCGCGGCCCUCUGGAGAUUAAAAGCUGGUCAGUCAUCCCGCCGCCCACGCCUUGUGCAACAAAACCAGCGUCACCAAAUGGGAAAUGUUUGCUUUUCUUCCUUGUAGUUGAUUCCUGACACUCGUUCCUGCUGAGAUGCUUCUCUUGAAUUUACAUCUAAUAAAUGUGCAGUGAUUCAACCAAGGUU